GAUCGCGCUAGUAGCAAAGCAGACUAGGCGGGUACUGGGGCGCGGGUUCGGCAGCGUUCCGGCGCACCUCCCGCAAAGCUGACGCGGCGAAACCGCCAUCGACCCGCCUGUCACAGCAAGCGUCUGCCUGCGCACCUGUGGGCGUCGCGUAACCCGGGCCGAGAGCAUACAGUCCGUAUCUUCGCAGGCCAGGAGACCGAGGGCUAGCCGCGCAGGAGACGCGAGCUCGAGUGUUGGUCUAUGAGCUACGCCGCGACCCGUCGGCGGAUGUUCACUGGAGCACAUUGGGAUGAAGAGUCGGGGCGCACACGAGCAAUGGCUGACUUGACCUUCACCUUUGGCUCGAGCUAUGGGUCUGGGUCGGGCUACCGCGACAUCAGGGACUUCCGCAGCCAUCUCAACUUCGACCGCGCCAUCCACGGCUCCGAAGCACCCCAAGAGUCUGCCGUCAUCUCCCUCUCCGACCACGACCCGGACGCCUUUGCCCUUUGGCGCACCUGGAUCUACACGGGCAAGCUCGCCAUCCUCCCGGACCCCCCGCUCCCCUCGGACUCCAACGAUGAGCGCACAGCACACUACGCCGUCCUCGCGCACGCCUACAUCCUUGGCGACUACCUUGUUGACAUCCCCUUCAUGAACGCCAUCGCAGACGUCUACGUCCUCAACGCGCGGGGCAUCGACGGCGCCCGCGCGCUGUACCCCUCCAACGAGGAGAUUGGUGUGCUCUACGACGGGACCUCGCCUGACAGCCCGAUCCGGCGGCUGCUCGUGGACAUUUGGAUGUACCGGGGCAAGCCGGAGUGGCUAGAGCGCGAGGUCGACGAGGACGUGCUGCCGCGCGAGUUCCUGGUCGAGGUGGUGCGGAAGCUGCUGGAGCUGAAGAAGGUGCGCGAGGGGGAGACGAUGAGUCGGCCGUGGAAGAUGACGCAUGAGCAGUAUCACGAUCGGCGGGAGGUGGGUGUGCAGGAAGAGAUGGCGGAGGCCCAUCGAUGCGAGGACGAAGACGCUCCCGCAGUUGGUUUUGAUGACUUGUUUCCCGAGUGAGGGUUUUGGUGGAGUUCGGAUAGUGUGGGAGAGCGGGACGGCAUUCGAGGGCGUUUUGGCAAUAUGAUGAUUGUGCUGGGUUCGUCUACAUGAGAAAUUACGGAAUUUGUUCCUGGCUCCUGGUCGGGAGAUGCGCGGUAGGGCGCGCCCGAUUUUGGAUAUCGGGGGCGCAGUCUUGGCUCUUCUUCCAGGCUGGCUAGCUAUUAUGCAGUGAGGCAGCGAUGA